AUGUCACACACGAGUCUGACGAGCUCCGAGCCUCGGAAGAGUAUGACAAGAGCGGCGAGCCGCGGCGCGCUUCAGCUCACGUGGCGCUACAACUACGAAGCGUUUGGCGGCGCGAUCGGGCGGGACCUCGUGACCAACUAUGCCAGUGUGGCCACGGACCAAGAUCUGGUCUGGUUGAGCGCGUUCUGGUUCUGGAGCGCAAACCGCAUUCAUGACGUGGCGGGCCAGUGGGGCCAGUUUGCCAAGACGACGCGCAUCAUCAACCCGACGUGGGAGUGUGGCCCGAACCCGCCCAACCCGAAUGGCGACCCGCACCGCGUGGCCUUGUUCAAGGCGUAUUGCGCCGAGCUCGGCGUCGACCCGGGCACCAACCUCUCGUGCAAGGUCUAA